GCCACCCACCAAGCCGCCCCACCAACCAAGCAUCGCAAAUAGGAAUAGCACCCCAAGAAUCCCAAUCGGAAACUGACCCAAUUUUCUCACAAAAGAGUUCCCAAACAACAGCCCCAAGAACCAGCUUCCACACCCCCAAAAGCACCACAAACACGCCGCUCCGGCCACCGAACCGGUACUGCCCUUCUAACCCUCCGGCACCGUGGCACACCGGCAUUGCCCCUAACCCCUCCCCGUCAUCCGCGUCGUCCAGCUCUCCCAAGGCCUCUCCUUCGCCUUCUCCGCAAUCAAAUACGUCCGAUACAACCAAGAUUUCGUCUCCGGAAAAUCGGGUACUUCUCGAUGUUGGGUCGGCCUCGACGGCCUUGUACUCGCUAUUUGCUCAAUUUUGUUUCUUGCACUGUCUACCGGUGCCGGUGAAACACAUGACAACGACAAGUACAUUCAAAUUUCGGAAAACCUAAAUAGUUCAUCAAAUCGCUCUCAACUUCGACUCCGCCGACGAUUGCGGAUUUUAUCGGCAAUUCCGACAGCUCUGAAUUCUGAAUCACCAUCAAAUAGCCAAGGGUUUCAUUUCCAAACCUUAGACUCUGCACUUUUGAAUCUUUCGAUCGUGAAAUCAAAAGACCCAUCUCAUCAACAUCGAAGAAAAAACGAUCUUCCUCUCCAAUUGAUAAUCACCAUCAGAUCAACAACUCCGAGCUGGAGGACUGAGAGGCCCAAUUACUUCGCCAUUGAUUCGACCUCUGAAGCUUCUAUAAUGAAUCUGGAUUUUGAACUAGCAGACUAGCAGUCGAUGAACGACCAAACAUAUACAUAUUCUUGAGCGAUCAACCGUGGGUGAUCUCUCUCUCCCUUGUGCGAUUGUGACCUGAUCGUCCAAGGACGAUAUUGUGACCGGAGACUUUAGGCUAUUUUUCCUCGGAAUUCUGGCAAUUUCAUUCUUCAAAGAGCAGCCGUUGGAAUGACAAGCAGCAAAUCAGACAACAUUCUAGCAGUCGAGAAGAAUGAUAAAACCCUGGAGAAUCUGGAGAAGUGUGAGAAUGAUGUAAGACAAAUGGCUGAAAAUGGUAGAUUGUUGCCUCUUCAGACCCCACUCCUUGAAGGUAGGAUUCCUACAGAAGAGCAAGAGGGUGAAAACAAUGUUGUGAAGUUUUUGGAUUCAAUGGAUAGCUAUCUAACCCUUUUGGAUUCCUUAUCUUCCACACUUCGACAGGGAUGGCUGGAAUUGGCCAGUGCUCGACAUUCUAUGGGUGCUUCACGUAUCAACAGUGCCUUAUUUGACCUCAAGCAUCACUCUGCUGCCACAGCGUUGCAAGUAACACAAUGUAAUGUUGAUUCCACGAUGAAGCAAACUCAUUUUACCUUGUGCAAAUGGAUGUCCCCUGACAAUAAAAAUUACUGCUCUGAAGAAGCGAAGUUUGAUGAGGAUGAGAUGUUACAAAGUCAGUCAACUAGUCAGCUUAGACAUCGGGGAAUAUCCCAGUAUUCUGAAAUUCAGGAGAAGAGAGAGAAAAGUAACGGACCUCUGCUUACAGUUGACGACCAUGCUCAAAAGGAACGAUCCAAAUUACUGUCGGUGUUUGGAGCUUUAGUUUCUCCAAAGCUUCGAUCUGCCCAACUUUCUUUUGAGACAGCUCUGGAGACACUUGUAGAAAUAGCAAACAUACGAUCAUCCAUGCUUUCUGCUUAUGAUCAAGUGCAGAAAGAGAUGGAAAGCACCAUGGGAUGAUGAAAGGUUGAUUGGUCCUGCAUCAGAACGGCUUAUAUGCCUAUCAAGAUCCAACAAAUCAUUUGCAUUUUCAUGUCCCCGGCUUUAUAAAUAUCAUGCAUUUCUGAUACUGAAAGGAUUUAACUGAUCACCAUAGCUCAAUCUCAGGACUGCAAAUACUAGUACUAUAUUGCUCUUUGGGAUCGAUCCUUGUGGCAUUUUUCCUCCACUUUAUGCUUUACAAGUUUUGCGUGCUUGCUCUGCUGCCAACCAACCAUUACAUGGAGUGGAGAACGUUAGCUUAGGUUGGCCUAAGCAUCACUGGAUUUCAUUUCUAUAAAUAAAGGAUGUAUUUAUAUAUUUCUAGCCUUGUCAAAGUAUUAGUGUAACCAACAUAAAAUUCAUGAGGCCCUUCAAGGUGAUCUUUUCUAAAAAAUAUUAUGUUUGCCAUUAUUUGAUUAUUA